AAGAUGCUGGGCAAAGCGUGGAAGGAGCUGAACGCAGCGGAGAAGCGGCCCUUCGUGGAGGAAGCCGAACGGCUGCGCGUGCAGCACCUGCGCGACCACCCCAACUACAAGUACCGGCCGCGCCGCAAGAAGCAGGCGCGCAAGGCCCGGCGGCUGGAGCCCGGCCUCCUGCUCCCCGGAUUAGCGCCCCCGCAGCCACCGCCCGAGCCUUUCCCCGCGGCGCCUGGCUCGGCUCGCGCCUUCCGCGAGCUGCCCCCGCUGGGCGCCGAGUUCGACGGCCUGGGGCUGCCGACGCCCGAGCGCUCGCCUCUGGACGGCCUGGAGCCCGGCGAGGCUGCCUUCUUCCCACCGCCCGCGGCGCCCGAGGACUGCGCGCUGCGAGCCUUCCGCGCGCCCUACGCGCCCACCGAGCUGUCCCGGGACCCCGGCGGUUGCUACGGGGCUCCCCUGGCGGAGGCGCUCAGGACCGCGCCCCCGGUGGCGCCGCUCGCUGGCCUGUACUACGGCACCCUGGGCACGCCCGGCCCGUACCCCGGCCCGCUGUCGCCGCCGCCCGAGGCCCCGCCGCUGGAGAACGCCGAGCCGCUGGGGCCCGCCGCCGAUCUCUGGGCCGACGUGGACCUCACCGAGUUCGACCAGUACCUCAACUGCAGCCGGACUCGGCCCGACGCCCCCGGGCUGCCGUACCACGUGGCACUGGCCAAACUGGGCCCGCGCGCCAUGUCCUGCCCCGAGGAGAGCAGCCUGAUCUCCGCGCUGUCGGACGCCAGCAGCGCGGUCUAUUACAGCGCGUGCAUCUCCGGCUAGGCCGCCGACGCCGCCCGGGUCCCUGCAGCGCUUCCUCCCGCAGCCCCCGCGACCGAUCCGACCGCGUCGCUGCCCGCUCUACCCUCUCGCACGCGUGUAUGUUUGGCUCCAUGUCACAGCCCCCUAGGAGCCAGUGAUGCUCGGCCUUGUGCCCGUUCCGCCACCCAGGCCACCCUUCCUGGGCUUCUGGGCCACCUGCCCUCGGGAGGGCCCCUGCGACGGUGCCUGGAGUUCCCACGUGUCCUGGGGCUUUUCCAGGAAGCCGGAGCCUAGGACCUGUUGGCAGAGUUGCCAGGGUUACCUUUUUGAGGCACCUGUUCCUUUUCUUGCAGUGUAUUUUCUACAACCAGAUUGUAUUAAUAUUUUUUACUUUGCCCUUUUAAAAAAUUAUACCUAAUACAAUAUAUUUAAUUUUUACUUAAACUCUUAAACUUUUCUUCCAAGAAGUUUCCGCGAUCAGAGCCGUCACUGUGGCAAAGGCUUUUGAAAUGUGGGGGAUACAGAUGUUUGCUUGCUGUAAAGGAGGAGCUUGGGGCUGGGUCCCCGGGUGGAGAGGCCACAAUAAAGCCUCGGGCCUUUCCUCUGCA